UGUAGUGUGUAUAUAUAAACAGAAUUUCUUGGCCAGUCGAAUAGUUUUAAUUUCUGCAAAGAAUUAUGGAACUCUGUGUCCAUUUUCCUCGUUGGUCAUGUCUAAUAGUAUUCCUGUCUGCCACGGCAAUUGCGCAGACAACAAAAUUCAGCAAAGCCGCUCCGAUUGCUAGCCCCGGCUGCCCAAGCCAGUGCGGAAACGUCACGGUUCCAUACCCGUUCGGAAUCGGAAAAGGGAGUGGCUGCGCAUAUGAUUCCGGGUUCGAGAUCACCUGCAACACCGAGACCAAUCCGCCCAGGGCGUUCCUCACCAUAGAUGUCCUGCCCACGAUUGUCUACGACAUAUCAGACCGGGAGAUACGGAUUCCCAGCGCCGGCGUGGCCACCCAUUGCUUUAACUCCACCGGAGCAUUGGUUAGUCAGCAAUACUCUAUUAGCUGGGUCCUGAGUAUACAAAAGUAUUGUCACUAUAGCCUCUCCCCGGCGAACAAGCUGAUCACCGUAGGCUGCGACGAUACUGUAAUGAUAUCGGACGGGACCAAUACGACUGCCGGAUGCACUUCGCGGUGUAUCGACGCCGGCCAGGUGCCCGGUAACGGGACUUGUUCCGGCGUCGGGUGCUGCGAGUCCCCGAUACCAAGAGGCUUGAAGAAAGACUACGAGGUUUCCAUGGUGAGUGCCUGGAACCACACCAAGGCUUGGUCUUUCAAUCGCUGUGGGCACACGUUUCUUGGAGAGGCGAGUCGGUUCAGGUUCCUUGGUACGGCUGAUUUGAGCAAUCCUUAUUUUGGAGAGAGGGUUGUUGAUAGUGUUCCGCUUGUACUAGACUGGGCAAUCGGGAACUUGGGGUGCGAAGAAGCCCAAAACAGCACUGUAUGCCAAGAGAAUAGCCAUUGCGUAGAUUCGGAGACGGGGUUGGGAGGCUACCGUUGCAGCUGCGAUCAUGGUUAUGAAGGCAACCCAUAUCUCAGUCCAGGCUGCACAGAUAUUGACGAAUGUGCAAAUCCAGAGAUGAAUCCAUGUGAACAGAUAUGCAUUAACGUUCAAGGGGGCUACAACUGUAGUUGCCCGGAAGGGUACUACGGCGACGGUAAAAAAGAUGGUCAGGGUUGCUUUCUCAUGAAUAAAAAGUCAUCAAUCUUUCCCUGGCUUAAAUUCUUUAUAGGGAUAGGAUUGGGAAUUUUGGUCUUGGUUGCCACAGCUACUUCACUGUGCUAUACGAUCAAGAAAAGAAAUGGAGCUAAACUGAGGCUAAAGUUCUUUGAACAAAAUGGUGGCUUUUUACUCAAACAAAAGAUCACCUCAAAUGAUGGAGGUAGCGAUGGAGCCGACGUGACAAAAAUUUAUUCAGCAAAAGAGCUCAGGGAAGCUACCAAUAACUAUGCUCAUGACAUGAUUCUGGGUCGAGGUGGUAGUGGCACUGUGUUUAAAGCAAUCUUACCUAAUGAACUCAAAGUUGCAGUUAAGAGGUCAAAAACAGUGGACGACACUCAAGUUGAACAGUUCAUCAAUGAGGUGGUUAUUCUUUCUCGGAUCAAUCACCGUCAUGUCGUCAAAUUCUUGGGGUGUUGCUUGGAAGCUGAAGUUCCUUUGCUAGUAUAUGAAUACAUCUCCAAUGGAACUCUAUAUCAUCACAUCCACCGUGAAGGCGGUGGGUCGAAUUGGCUAUCAUGGGAAAAUCGUUUGAGAAUUGCAAUUGAAGCUGUGGGUGCACUUGCUUAUCUUCACUCAGCUACAUCCAUGCCUAUAAUCCAUAGGGACGUUAAGUCAACCAACAUAUUGAUUGACGAAAACUAUACAACAAAGAUCUCAGAUUUCGGGGCUUCUAGGUUUGUUCCUUUGGAUCGUACACAUGUGGCGACACUAGUCCAAGGAACACUCGGUUAUUUGGAUCCCGAGUACUUCCAAACCAGUAGGCUAACCGAAAAGAGUGAUGUAUAUAGUUUUGGAGUAGUCUUAGCUGAGCUUCUAACAGAAAGGAAACCUGUGUCUCCAAAUAUGAGUGAAGAAGACCGAAACUUAUCGUCUUUUUUUGUUCGAUCCAUGAAUGAGAACCGUCUGUUUCAGAUUCUUGUGCCUAGACUAGUGAGAGAGGGGACACUAGACCAACUUCAAAGAAUUGCAGAGCUUGUGAAAAGAUGUCUUCAACUCAAAGGAGAAGAUAGGCCUAAAAUGAAAGAAGUAGCGAGUGAACUUGAAUGUAUAAGAAAUUCCACUAAGCAUUCUUGGGCGGAGCCUUCUUGUUCUGUAGUAGUUGCGGAUGAUGAACCAUCAGAUCUUUAUGCCGUUCCAAGUAGCCCGUCCCUCUAA